ACAAAAUGAAGGAGACGUGGAAACAUUAAACUCGUUAAAAAACGCAGACAAAACCGAAAUUAGUGCUUUAAAAUUAGUGAAAAACGCGUCAUAAAUCAUGCCAUUUAACAUAAAGUUCAAAAAAUCCCGGCAAUAUAGCGUCAUGUCGAAAAGUUUGUUCGUAUUAAAAAUUGAAUUAUUAGAUUCCUCAACGAUAGACUGUACCCUCUCUUCCGAAUCAACGGGUCAAGAGUGCCUUGAUAACGUGUGUCAACGCAUCGGAAUUGCUCAACCCGAGUUUUUUGGGCUCAAGUACUUAUUCAAAAGCAGCAAUAGUAGCAGUAGCAACGCAAAUUUGCUCCAAAAUUCCGUUAGCAAUGAAUAUCGAUGGAUCGAAUUGAAUCGCCCGCUGAAUAGACAAUUGGAGAAACAUGCUGCGAAUACAAAAAUCCUCUAUUUGCGUGUUAUGUACUACGUGAUAUCGGGAAUUAGUUUGAUUCACGACGAAGUGACGCGAAAUUACUACUUUUUGCAGUUGAAAAAUGACGUUGUCGAUGGCAAACUUGAGUGUGAUGUUGAUAAGGCUGUGCAUUUGAGUAAUUUGGCGCGCCAAGCAGAAUACGGAAAUCAUCAGGAGCGUCACACAGUUGAAUAUUUGAAGACUUUGUUGUCGUUUCCGAACGAUUUGAUCGAUUCGCAUGAAACGCGCGAAGAAUUGACGGAACGUGUCAUUUUGCGGCACAAAGAGUUGCACAAUAUCUCGCAACGUGUCGCCGAAGAGCUUUACAUCAAGGAAUGCCAACAACUCGAUGGCUACGGACAAGAGCCCUUUUUCGCCAAAGACAUGGGAAACAACGAGAUUACGCUCGGGAUUUCGUGCAGCGGCAUAACGAUGUCUCGCCCAAAUUAUCACAAGUUUUUCGCGUGGCACGACAUCAGCAACGUCGUGAAUCACAAAAAAGCCUUCAACAUCGAAUGUACAGACCCCGAACAAAGUAUCGGUUUUACUUUGGCAGAUAGCGAGACGGGACGUUAUGUUUGGCGAGUAUGUGUCUUGCAACAUACAUUUUUCAAAAAUUACGAACAAAAGCAAAUUCCGACGGCACAACUCACGCAACAACAAAUCUUCCAAGAAUGCCUUCCCGAAUCACGAGAAGAUCUCGUUGCUGCCACGCAACAAUCGAACUGGAAUGUCUCGGAUAAUCAUUUAGCAGCAAGUACGAGCAAUUUUCAGUCCCGAAAUUCAUUACAAGCAUCUACGAUGGAUGUCAAUUUGUCAAAUGUGCAUUUGGAUUAUGCGAAUGGGAAUCAACAAGGCAGCAAUUGGGCAGUAAAUUUAGCAAAUUCGAACGUUUCUUUGAUAAAUCGGGAACAAAGUUCGUCGUGUCUUGACUUAAGUAACAAUAAUUUGGCUCAAGAUCGGGACAGACUUAAAGCAUUAUUGCCUCAAUAUCGUCCUGCGCCUGAUUAUGAAACGGCGAUACAACAAAAAUAUCGUGCAAGUGCAAGCGAUAUCAAAUUAGAGCAACAAAAUUUGCCGCCCGCGAUGAUUUUAAAGAAUGGAAGUACGACAGACAUGCAUCGUUAUAUGAGUGACACAUAUUUACAUGGAGCUCCUGCUCAUUUAGCGCCUUAUCCUGAUGUCACUCACAACACAAAUCCCCCGAUGAUUGGUUAUAAUGUCGCUGCUGACUUUGGAGAUCAUCACGGGUUGACACAACGUUUCAAAAUGAUGCGAUUAGUAACGGCGCCGCCUCCAUAUCCCGUGAAUCGAUUGAGUUCAACAUCAACUCCUGAUCUUCAUGCCUUGUUAGGAUAUCGCAAUUCAGGUCCGUAUAACGUUUCAGGCAGUUCUCCGGAUUUGGUGUCGUCCCGAACGUUCAUCAGCAACGUUCCAUUGCCUCAUCAUACGACAGUUGUGUAUCCGGCGCAUACCUUACAUCAAAAUAUCAUGCCUCACGGGACCUAUGAGAACUUGAAUAGUAUCAUGGAGGCAACGGGAAAAAGUAAUGGCUUGUUACCUGCGAGUCAUAUGCACAAAAUUUACGAAAUUUAUGAUCAAAAUCCCGUUUUAUUGCAUCCAGCAGACUAUCAAGAGAAGCCUCUUAUUGCAGCGAUUCAACCAAAAGUUCGAACAGCAUCGCAAGAACAAAUCAGCAGAUCCGCCGAACCCAUUUACGAAAACAUCCCGUUACCGAAAAUCGCUGUGCCGCAUGAAAAUAACGACGAACACGUGCUAAAAGUGCCUUUAAACAAAAGUCAAACGAUUGCAAAUGUGCCGUCAUCAUCCGCUACAAACAUUUCGUCGUCAAAUCCGCCCCAAAAACACAAAUUCGAAAUGACAAACGGGCAAACGGCGCAUCAAAUGCUCGCCAAAGCAACGUCAAACCCAAUUUCAACAAGUUCUUCCGUAUCAAAUAUGCCGUCCAGCAAUUCAGCAAAUCAUCAUUCGUCUCUGUCGAAUGCGACAACAGCUACGUUACACGAGCCUUCCAUUAAAUCCGUCGAUCAUGCCGAUACAAGUUCGAAUUCCAUCAAUUUUAACAAUAAUAAUUCGUCGAUGCUGAAAGAUCAUUUGAAUCGUUCGCAGUCGACGACGUUGCUUGAAUCGUCGCAUAGCUCAAAUUACACAAUUGAUUCGAAUACGACGCGAACAACGACAGAUUCGGGCGUUAGUUUUGCCACGAAGGAAAAGAAGAAAAACAGUAUUUGGAAUUUGCUCGGGAGAAAAGGCGAAAAAGACAAAGAUAAGCAGAAAAGUGCGACACUGGGCAGAGACAAAGGGGAUAAAACGAAGAAAGGAGCGUCGCGCGAUAGCUUAGAUGGGCAAAUGAAACAUCGAUGGUCAACGGGAACGUCGAAAUUGCAACCAUUGCCAACAACUUUAAGUAAAGAAAAAUUGUGCCAACUGCUUGAAAUGAAGUUAGCAGAUCCCGAACUCUUCUACGAAUUCGAAGGAAUUCCAAAACAUCGCGAAAAUGCAAGAUACGAUUGUGCCUUACAACCGGAAAACAAACAAAAGAAUGUCGAUCCGAACUUUUUGCCAUACGACGAUAAUCGAGUUCGCCUUACUCCGUCCCGAGAAAAUCGUUUAGGAUACGUAAAUGCCUCUUAUAUCACGUGCACCGUUGGUCGAAAACAAAGAUUUUACAUUGUUGCUCAAAGCCCAAAUGCCGCUACAGUGAGCAGUUUUUGGCAAUGCGUAUGGGAAGCAGAUGUUUACUUGUUGAUCCAAUUGACUGACGAGUUUCAAUAUGUUCCAACGAAUGGCGAUAGAUGCUUAGAAUAUGGACAAUAUCAAGUAUGGCGAGAAUUCAGUCAACAAUCCGAUGUCUGUACAACGAGUAAAUUGCGCGUUUAUCAUACGCAAACACGUCGAUAUCGCUCAGUUUGGCAUCUCAUGUACAACAAUUGGGGCGAUCAAAAUUGCCCGAAGGAUGUCAACCAUUAUUUGCGAUUUAUUGAGGAACUUGGAUCCGUGCGUCUUGAAUCUGUGAAUGAAGUACCAACGGGACAUAACACAAAUCCUCCGGUGCUUAUGCAUUGCAAUGAUGGUGCUGCGCGUUCUGGAUUGACAGUUGCUGCGGAUCUUUUCUUGUAUGUCGUCGAUCAUAAUCAAGAACUUGAUAUUCCGAGAGUAAUUUGCCAGUUGCGACAUCAACGAUUCAAUUUUAUACCAUUGUUCGCCCUUUACAAGUUCAUUUACUCCCUGCUCAUUCACUACUUGAAACAAACGCGGUUGAUUUAAGUUUAUUUUUCUAUCUGUAUUAUUAUUGUGCACCUUUCUAACACAAUUUUGUUUACCAUUUAAAAGUAUUUCUUGUAUUCUUUUGUGUUUAUAUAUUUACAAAACAAAAAAAACAAUCAAAAAAUUUAGUAUAAAUAA